ACAAUUGGGUGAGGGAGAGAACUCGUGCUCACAGGAAGCCACGCACCCUUGAAAGGCACCGGUCCUUCUUAGCAUUGUGCUUCCUGAGCAAGCCUGGCAUUGCCUCACAGACCUUCCUCACAGCCGCUUUCAGAAAAGCAAGCUUCUUCUGGUUGGGUCCAGACCUGCCUUGAGGAGCCUGUAGAGUUAAAAAAUGAACCCCACGGAUAUAGCAGACACCACCCUUGAUGAAAGCAUAUACAGCAAUUACUAUCUGUAUGAAAGUAUCCCCAAGCCUUGCACCAAAGAAGGCAUCAAGGCAUUUGGGGAGCUCUUCCUGCCCCCGCUGUACUCCUUGGUUUUUGUAUUUGGUCUGCUUGGAAAUUCUGUGGUGGUUCUGGUCCUGUUCAAAUACAAGCGGCUCAGGUCCAUGACUGACGUGUACCUGCUCAACCUUGCCAUCUCGGAUCUGCUCUUCGUGUUUUCCCUCCCGUUUUGGGGCUACUAUGCAGCAGACCAGUGGGUUUUUGGGCUAGGUCUGUGCAAGAUGAUUUCCUGGAUUUACCUGGUGGGCUUUUACAGCGGCAUAUUCUUCGUCAUGCUUAUGAGCAUUGAUAGAUACCUGGCAAUUGUGCAUGCGGUGUUUUCCUUGAGGGCAAGGACCUUGACUUAUGGGGUAAUCACCAGUUUAGCUACGUGGUCAGUGGCUGUGUUCGCCUCCCUUCCUGGCUUUCUGUUCAGCACUUGUUAUACUGAGCGCAACCAUACCUACUGCAAAACCAAGUACUCUCUCAACUCCACGACGUGGAAGGUUCUCAGCUCCCUGGAAAUCAACAUUCUCGGAUUGGUGAUCCCCUUCGGGAUCAUGCUGUUUUGCUACUCCAUGAUCAUCAGAACCUUGCAGCAUUGUAAAAAUGAGAAGAAGAACAAGGCGGUGAAGAUGAUCUUUGCCGUGGUGGUCCUCUUCCUUGGGUUCUGGACACCUUACAACAUAGUGCUCUUCCUAGAGACCCUGGUGGAGCUAGAAGUCCUUCAGGACUGCACUUUUGAAAGAUACUUGGACUAUGCCAUCCAGGCCACAGAAACUCUGGCUUUUGUUCACUGCUGCCUUAAUCCCAUCAUCUACUUUUUUCUGGGGGAGAAAUUUCGCAAGUACAUCCUACAGCUCUUCAAAACCUGCAGGGGCCUUUUUGUGCUCUGCCAAUACUGUGGAUUCCUCCAAAUUUAUUCUGCUGACACCCCCAGCUCAUCUUACACGCAGUCCACCAUGGAUCAUGAUCUCCAUGAUGCUCUGUAGAAAAAUGAAAAGCUGAAACACAGAGUCAAUGAACUUUCCACAUUCAGAGCUUACUUAAAAUUGUAUUUUAGUAAGAGAUUCCUGAGCCAGUGUCAGGAGGAUGGCCUACACCCGUAGUGGAAAGAUGGCUUCUCACCCUGCAGGCAACUUUUUCUCUCCCACUAGACAAGUCCAGCCUGGCAAGGGUUCACCUGGGCUGAGGCAUCCUUCCUCACACCAGGCUUGCCUGCAGGCAUGAGUCAGUCUGAUGAGAACACUGAGCAGUGUUUGAAUGAAGUUGUAGGUAAUAUUGCAAGGCAAAGACUUUCCCUUCUAACCUGAACUGAUGGGUUUCUCCAGAGGGAAUUGCAGAGCAUUGGCUGAUGGAGUAAAUCCCUACCUUUUGCUCUGGCAAAUGGGCCCUCUAAUUAAUUUCUUGCUUUUGUGGAACAAUAUAGAAAACUGUUUUUCUUUUUUUUUUUUUUCUGAGACAGAGUCUCGCUCUGUUGCCCAGGCUGGAGUGCAGUGG